AAUGUUAUGCUCUUCCAAAAAGAUCCCAUGCAGUCAGGGUUUCCGUGCGGGACGUGUGUCCACGAAAAAUGAGAUAAACUCUGAGCUGCGAGUUUUAGCACAGGGUCUACGAGUCACGUUUUCGCUAUAUUGAAUAGCAUCACUAAUAGAAGAUAGAAGGAAAAUUGAUUACGGGUAAUUAAUUUUUUUACUAAAAUUCGUUACUAUUCGUGCUUAAACGCUUAAAGCAACAAAUCGUAGGCAGUUUAAAGGGAUUUUAAUAUGGGUUCUGUCAAAAAAUUAACAAAAUUUGCAGAGUAUCACGUGCAAGAGUAAUCAUUAUAUAUUCUUUGGUCGCAGUUAGUUUUCAUUAAUUUAUGCGUUAUUAAAAUCCCAGAAAAAUUAGUUUAAUCUUCUAUUGGAUCACGACUAUAAAAAAUGCAAAGCUAAAUUCUUGUUAGAGAAUUCAAUUUUUAAUGGGGUGAUCAUCCCACUUAACUGUAUCGAAUGAGUUUAAAUUUAAUCCCCCUUCGAUACCCUUUACACUUACUAAAUAAAUACCAGCCACCAAAUUGAAUAUUAUAAAUCAGUGGUAACCACCAAAUCAAAUUAAUGAUUGUGCCGUAAGAAAAUUUAAAGCUCGUUAACAAACAAUGUAUUCGGAGAUGCAAAACGUUACGUAAAGGAAAGGAGUGUCUAUAUUAUUCAAUCUUCUUGCUAUCGAAUAGAAACUAAUCAUAUUGAAAAUGCAUUUCUCUCGUAACCAAUAAAAGAGCGACUCGUGAAGCUGGAUCUAAAGAUGAAUGGAUGACUCACGUAGUUUUUCAAUCACAACUACGACUUUAAUUAGGUACAUGUCGAUGUACAUAAACUGACUAUAUGUUGUAACGUUUCGCACUUGUAAAUCUCUAGAAAGUCAAGGAUAAGAACAACUUUGCAUUUUUUAAGACUAAAUAAUGGUAUAAUUAUAUCUUGCAUUGUGUACACGCGGCAAGUAUUUACGUCCGGAAAUUGAUCUUGAUCCAGUUACUCCGAAAAGCUCCACAUUCACUUGCACAAACCGCAGAUUCAGCUGAACUGGCAGGAACGUCGAUGGAUUACGAAAUUAGAAUAGUUACCGAGGAAGAUACUGAAGCCGUAUUGGAGUUAUUGAAAAAGAACUUUUUCUUAGACGAACCACUUAAUGACUAUGUGAAACUGAUCGAAUUCAAAGAUUCGACGUGCGAAGAAUUAGAACAAUUUUGCAAAGAAAAAAUUCACGAGAAAAAUUCCGUAAUGGCCAUUACUCCUUCCGGUCAAAUACUCGGCGUUAGCUUAAAUGGUACUUUAGAGGAGGAUUAUGGCGAUGUUGAGCAGUGCCAAAAUCCGAAAUUCAAGAAAAUUUUGAAACUGCUCAAUCACUGUGCCAAAAUAUUUCAGCCAAUAUUUAACGAGCGAUUCCCUAAAUCAAGCAAAGUGUUAAAUAUACGAGUAUUAUCAAGUGAUUCUGCAUGGAGAGGGCAAGGGAUUGCUGGUGCAUUAAUAAAAAGAAGCAGACAAAUUGCCCAAGAGCAAGGAUACGACCUAAUAAGGGUGGAUUGUUCAAGUCAUUUCAGUGCAAGGGCAGUUUCCAAGCUGGGAUAUGAGCUCGUUUACGAAUUGAAAUACGAAGAUUACAAAGACAAUGGAGAGGUGGUAUUUAAACUUCCACAUCCUCAUACUUGUGUCGCCUUUUUUAUACAAAGCACCACUUCACCUUAAAACGUCAAGUUUUUAUUGUUAUAUAUUCACGCUUGAUUAUGGUACAAAUGUAAAGGCUUCAUGUGAUACGUAUAGAAGGCCGACCAAUUAUAUAAUGCGAAAAUACUUAUUGUUAUUGACAUUGAGUGUUUGAGAUGUAGUUGUAAAGCAAUUAUAAAGAAUACCCAAACUAA